AUGCAGCUCCUCCACCACUGCAACUGCACUUACGAUACGCCCAUCUCGUACAGUCCUUUUGCAUUUUCCCAGAAUAUAUCCUGCUCAAACUGCGGCACAAUAUCUACAGGCAUCAACGUUCAGGGGAAAGCAGCAGAAGACGCAAACAUGCAGCAGGAUGAGCUUACCCGGCUGUUUUCAGUCAAUAUGAACUUGUCGCAAGGCAACGAACAGCCCAUGCAACCACAGAUGCACCAAGAACAACCAGUGCAGCAACAGCAACAGCAACAGCAGGAAGACGCUCCCAAACAGAUCGUCUAUGCUUCCCAGCACUAUACACAUUCGUAUCAUGUACCUACUCGUAGUACUUCCGAACCAGCCUUGAAGACACACAUCGACUCGUCGGACCUCGCGGCUGUACUUCUAAGGAACAGCAUUGAUCCCUCUCUCCUGUUUCCUUCCCAGAUCGAGUUGUUUCAAAAUGCAGACGACGACCAGCGGCUGCGUCUCCUCGAACUUUGGCGUAUAUCCCCUCCAUCAGGGCGCCAAGGUCAUCCAGCAGGCGUGGACUACAACAUGUCUAGACAACUUUACGGCUGGCCGCCCACCAGUCUAGCACAGGAGGAGGCAAUGGCGAAGCUGAGAUACGAGAAGCAGCAAGCGGAGUCGGCGCAACAGGAGGCCAUCCAGCAGCACCAGCAGCAGUUGGAGCAGAGCAUGGCUGCAGCAAACGCUGAGCCCUACAUGGCUUCGGGAUAUGAAAUGAUGGCUAGGCGCGAGUAUGAAGAGUCGGCACGAGCCGAGAAGGCGUUGAAGGAAUCGAACAAGUACAACCAGGCCACUGAUCCGGUCUACAACAACACAGGAAGUAGUGGACUCUGGCAGAAGAACGUGGGCAGCGUCGCGGACAUGGAGAACAACUACGGAGCGUAUGCAUAUGCGCGAGAAUAUGGACUACAGGGUGGCUAUGGGGACGAGGAGAUGGUCAUGUGA